AUGGCGGCCGGGCACUUCCGGGUCCGCAACAACCUGCCGCGGCCCGAGGCCUCGCGAGGUCGCUGCUGCCCCCUGCCGGCGUCUCGGAGGCCCUGCGCGCUGCCCUUCCCGGAGACCGGCCGACUCACCGCCUCGGAGAGCAAAUCCGCGGCAGAAAGACAGCCUUCUGUUCCAAAAUUUGAAAAGGUUCCUUGGCUUAGUGAGGCCAGCCUGGUAAACAAGCCACUAGUGCUCAGCCUUCCCAAAAGAUGUCCUCAAUCCUCUACCAGUUAUCCACCUUUAUCCAAGAAGGACAGGAAUUUGCCAAUUUUGUUUCAAGUUCCAGAUGUAUUAUCUCAGGCCAGGAGGAAGCAGAGUCACUCCAUGCUUCUCAGAAACAAUUGGCUGUGCUCCACAUGUCAAGAAAUAACCACAGUACAACCAAGAACCAUGAAAAUCCCAGAUACUCUGAAACUAUCCUUUGAGAAUUUUAUGCGUCACAAACUCCAUUAUCCCAGAUCCCAGACUGUUCUCAAAUCUUCCCAGGAUGACAUCUCCACAGAGAGCAUUCACUACAGACUGCCCAUCCGGGGCCCCAGGACAUCUGUCUUCCAGGGACUGCUGUCAAAUGCCUACGAAACUUUGCAGGCUAUGCAACCUUCUUCCUUGCCCAAAAAGGAACCAAGGGGGAAGAGCACAAGGCAGUGAGGAGUCGGAGCUCAUCACCUCCAGACUCCUAGAGAGAACAAACAGUCCACCAAGCCCCUCCCUGACUUCAUUUUGCCUUCCCAGGAGUUGCUAGUAGUCUAGUUUUGCCAGCAUCGUCUCCCCUACAUCUCCUAAAGACGAAUGGGCUUAAUUUAUAUAAUGAUAAUGAUUUA